CUUCUUUCUUACUUUCGACACAACUCUUUCUUACAACUUCCCUUUCGUACUCUACUUACUUGCGACUGUUUCUUUCUCACAACCACAGUUUACAACGUAUCAACCGGUGGCAACGAUGUUUGCUGACCUCGCCCGCCGCGGGCUUACACACCCCAACACGGUGGCCUAUGUCAAGCGCGCCGUGUACACGAACCAGGACCCGUCCACAAGGCUGGAAGAUGUCGAGAUCCCGACAUGGGGAGUCGUUCUGCUCUAUGUGAGCGUCUGGAUUGCGCUUGUCGGCGUGACCAUGGUCUCCUACAUGAUCAACCAAGUCAUCACUACGCUUUGCAUGGUGGAGUCUCCCGUCGCCGCCAUCACCGUCUCUCCCUCCACCCACGAAGUCGCAGACAAGGAGGAGAAGGAGGGACUGCUCGAGAACGGCCCAACCAUCACUCUCGUCAACCAGAAGCCCAUCACCUCGUCAAUCCGCGGCACCAUCAAGCACCUCGCCGCGCACGCUGGCCGCUUCGCCCGCUUCCGUGGCUACAGGAUCCACGUUCUCCACGCCAUCCUGUUCAGCCUUGUCUCGACCUUCCUCUCCGCUGCGCUCCCCCUUGUUCCCGGACAAGGCAUCGUCGUCGCCGCCCUCAGCGGUGCAGCAGUCGCAAAUGUACACGCCGCAUGGACACACAAGGUCGUUUCGCUGCCCACGGAGAAGUCGUUCAUGCAGCGCCUGCCCAGCAAGGCCAGCUGGAAGACGCUCGCGCUCCCCGCCGCUAUCGAGUCCGCCAUGCCCACUAUCAGCCUCUACCUCACCAUCGGCGUUGCGAUGCUCAUGAGUCUGCACAAGCUUGACGGAGAGAAUGUCGCCGAGUACAGCGGUAAGCAGGUAGCCUGCCUCGCCGUGCGCAUGCUCGUCACCGUUGUCUUCGCAAUUACAUGCACCCUCUUCCUCUGCCUUCCCGCCAACGUCACUCUUGUCCGCAUCGAGGCUUCCAUUCUCCCCGAGGACGAGGACACCAUCGUUCCCUUCGACCGCACUUUCGGUGGCAAGGUCGUCAGCCAGAUGAUGGGCGGUUCUGGAAAGGUUAGCUUCUUGGAGGCGUGGCGCAGCUUCAACUGGGAGGCGCGUCGUCGUCUUAUCAAGCUUUUCGUCAAGGGCUUCUUCAUCAUUAUGGGUAUGCUGCUAGUUGUCUCACAUGUUCUUGUUGCCGAGGCUUUUGUCGUCAUGGGCCCGGCUAUGGGAAAGGUUCUUAGCCAGAUGCAGAAGGAUGGGAUCCCGCAGUAG